UUUCUUCUUCUUCUACCCUUCGUAUCCUCGUUUGAAAGCUUCCAACUUCUGCUAAGAGCUUUACACACAUCAAACCUUCUAGUCUUUGUGUGAUUGUGCAACAUGCACAUCCACAAGAUGAGCCUCCUCCUCGCGGCCAUCUGGCUCGCCAUGAUGUCUGUCGUUGGUGCAGACGAUGCCAUUCCUACCUCCGUCGAAGGAGGCCUCGACAACACUGAAACCGUUGACACCACCGCCAGCUUCGGCAUCAAGUUCACUGGCUGGGGCCUCUUGCACCCCACCAACACCGCCGUCCACGUCUCCCACCCAACGGGCACUCAUGGAAGCACUUGGAAUGACCCGGUUGAUGAGAACGGAAUUCCCCUUCCACACUUCCCCUUCCACCCUCAUGCCAAGAAGGUAGAGGCUGAGGCCGAGACUGAUGUCGAGGUCGAGGUCGAGAGUGUCCCUUCUCUCUGUGGUGAUGGCUGGAAUGACAGUGAAGACGGUCUUUACGUUCCUGGUAUCCCCUUCCACCCGGGCCAUGGUCAUCAUCCUACCCCUUGCCCCUCCGAUCGUGCUCGUCCUUCUCAUACCCUGACUAUUCGUCCUCGUCCUUCUCACACCCUGACUGCUCGCGGUGUUACCGGCGGCGAUGGCUGGAAUGACAGCGAGGAUGACAAUGGUCUGUAUGUUCCUGGGAUUCCUUUCCAUCCUGGUCAUGGCCAUCAUCCUACUACCACUGCCACUGUUGCUUCCCGUGAUGCUGCCACUUCUGUUUCCACUUCCCUGUCUACUGAUGCUUCCCUUUCUACUGUUACCACCCAUGAGAACAUCGAUCUCUAUGGAGAUGGCUGGAAUGAUAGUGAUGAUGGUCUUUAUGUUCCUGGUAUUCCAUUCCAGCCUGGUCACGGUCAUCAUCCUACCCCUUGCCCUUCAGCUCGGUCUGCUACCACUUCCACUUUCCUUCCCACUACUUUUGUCACUGUUGCCUCCCCCACCACCCACGAGAACAUCGAUCUCUGUGGAGACGGCUGGAACGACAGUGAAGACGGUCUCUACGUCCCCGGCAUCCCCUUCCACCCCGGUCACGGCCACCACCCGACCCCCUGUCCUUCCCCUGUCGACAAGAUGGGAAAGCGUGACGAGAUUGAGGGCACCCAGGAAACCGACAAGGCCGACGAAUCUCAGGACGGUGAGGAAAUCAUCGCACCUUUCACCCCCCAGGUGACCUGCUACCACGGCGACCUGGUCGACGACGGUCCCAUCAACAAGGCGAUUCGUGAGCUCAGGAACAGGGAGGGAACACCCACGGCCGGUGUUAAGCAGUGCGUUCGUGUUUGGUGUGAGAAGGGGUUGUGUGUUAAGUGGUGUAAUGAUGACUCGAAGCUACGCACCCUCAAAUCCUACAAGAGCAUCGGCGAUGAUGUCUUUGCCGUCAUGAACAACUGCCACCCUCUCGAAGGUCGUAUCUCGGGAAUGGCGAAGCAUCACGAUAAAUGGAGGACUAUCGUUCACAAGGAUGACUGCUAGGUUUCCAGACUUUGCUUUACCUUUUCUUUUGUUCUUUGCCUCCGGUCUGUCGUGUCUUCUUGGCUCGACUUGACCUGCGAUUGAUGAACGCAUCAUGUGAACGAGAAGGCGAGUUUCUUUUGUUUUUAUCAGGGACGUAACGAAUAGACGACUAUGACCUGUCUUCACUUGUCUUGCCUUGCCUCGCUGCUUGGCUGUUUCCUGUAUUCUAGUUUCUGCUUUACUCUCACAUAGGAAGAUGGAUCGAGGAUCUAAUUGAAUUGCUUCCGCC